AAAUUUCACCAAAUUUCUAAAAAAAAGAAAAAAAAGAGAAAUAAUCUCAAAUCUCCGUAAACAUGGAAGAAGAUGAAGAAAUAAUAAAUUCAUCCCCUGAAAAAGCCACCGCCGCCGCCGCCGCCGCCGCCGCCGCUACCGCCACCACCCCAAGCAACCACAAACCCCACAUAACAUGGUCGGAUUCGUACUCCAAAGCCCACCUCGCCAUCGAAGCCCUCUCCGCCAUCCUCCCCUCCCUCCCGCCGCAUCUCUCCUCCUCCGAAACCCCCGCCACCUCCCUCCUCCACGACUCCGACGUCGCCGCCCAGAUCUCCCUCCUCCUCCGCCGCCCAGACUCCGGCGGCGCCAACGACAACCUCUGCGCCUGGCUCUACGACACCUUCCACUCCUCCGAGCCCGACCUCCAGCUCGUCGUCCUCCGCUUCCUCCCCGUCCUCGCCGGCGCGUACCUCACACGCGCCGCCCUGAACAAGCCCCUCGCCGGCUUCGAAUCCGUCCUCCUCGCCAUCUACGGCCACGAAACCGCCGCCCGCAACGGCCAGGCCGUCACCGUCAGCAUCCCGGACCUCGCCCACUCCAGCAUCUACCACGAAACCAAACAGACGGCGGCCAAGAACGGCUCCACCGAGCUCCACCUCGCCGUCAUCUCCCCAACCCUCGAGCCCCACGGCACCGUCCGAUCCACGCGCCGCCCAAGAAUCGUCGGAGUCGCCCUCGAGCUCUACUACACCAAAAUCUCCCGAAUCCCGAUCGGUUCCAAGAUCGAAUUCUGCGAGUUCUGCAAGAUUUGGUCCGGCCAAUUCUCCGACCAAACCCUAAACGAAAACAACCCUCCUCAACAUUCCGACAACCCCGAAAAAACGACACCAUCCUCCUCCGUCGGAGGGAGAAUAAAUAUGCCAUGGGAGCUUCUUCAGCCGGUUCUGAGAAUUCUAGGCCACUGUUUAAUGGGAGAGGAGAAGAAGAAGAAGAACAACAACAACAACAACGACGACGAGCUUUUUCAGACAGCCAUCUCUGCAUGCAGAUGUCUGAACGCAAGAGCUCUACAUGAUAUUAAUCCAAAGGCAAUUCUUGCAACCGGGAGCCUUGUCAAGCUCGCUGAAAUGGCGGCCGCUGCAGCAGAUCGUACGAGCCCCGAUUAUGUCGACCAUACUGAGAUUGCUAUGACUAAUAUAAUAUCAAUUUGAAUUUUUCAUGAUGUUUUGUUGCAUGCAGAAUGGAAAUUCUGCAAAUAUAAUUUUUGGUUCAUCGGUUAGGGAUUUAAAUUUAGUUUGAUUUUGAUAUGCAGUGAUUUGCAAAUUUAGUAUUUUUAAGUCAUGUUUUAAUUACUUGAAUUUUUCAGUUUUGAGUGU